CGGGGAAGGGUCUGUUCCUUUCAGUAUGAUUGAAAAGUGAUUACUUACAUUUAGAAUCUAGUCCCACAUCCAUAAUUUAGUGUAAAGUGGGUUCGAUCAGCCGCUGCUGCGGUAGAAGAAUUGGUUCGAGAUGUCUGCAAGCGCGGUGUACGUGUUGGAUUUAAAAGGAAAGGUGCUGGUGUGCCGCAACUACCGUGGAGAUGUGGACAUGUCCGAGAUUGAGCACUUCAUGACCCUUCUGAUGGAUAAAGAGGAGGAGGGUACUUUAUCUCCAAUCCUGUCCCAUGGGGGAGUCCGCUUCAUGUGGAUCAAACACAACAACCUCUACUUGGUUGCAACAUCCAAGAAAAAUGCGAGUGUCUCUUUGGUUUUCUCCUUCUUGUACAAAAUUGUCCAGGUGUUCUCAGAGUAUUUCAAAGAACUGGAGGAGGAAAGCAUCCGAGAUAACUUUGUCAUCAUAUAUGAGCUGAUGGAUGAGCUGAUGGACUUCGGCUAUCCUCAAACCACUGACAGCAAAAUCCUACAAGAAUACAUCACCCAGGAGGGACACAAGCUGGACACUGGUGCCCCACGUCCCCCUGCUACUGUUACUAAUGCCGUGUCCUGGAGGUCAGAGGGCAUCAAGUACAGGAAGAACGAGGUCUUCCUGGACGUCAUUGAAUCUGUCAACCUCCUGGUUAGUGCCAACGGCAACGUUCUUCGUAGCGAGAUCGUCGGCUCCAUUAAGAUGCGCGUCUUCCUCUCUGGGAUGCCUGAGCUGCGACUUGGUCUUAAUGACAAGGUUCUGUUUGAAAACACUGGACGAGGGAAGAGUAAAUCGGUGGAACUGGAGGACGUCAAAUUCCACCAGUGUGUGCGUCUGUCUCGGUUCGAGAACGACCGUACCAUUUCCUUUAUCCCCCCUGACGGGGAGUUUGAGCUCAUGUCUUACCGCUUGAACACGCACGUGAAACCCUUGAUCUGGAUUGAGUCUGUAAUUGAGAAGCACUCUCACAGCCGGAUUGAGUACAUGAUCAAGGCUAAGAGUCAGUUCAAAAGACGUUCCACAGCCAACAAUGUAGAGAUCCACAUUCCCGUGCCAACUGAUGCCGACUCGCCCAAAUUCAAGACAACUGUGGGUAACGUGAAGUGGGUUCCCGAGAACAGCGAGAUAGUCUGGUCCAUUAAGUCUUUCCCGGGUGGAAAGGAGUAUUUGAUGCGAGCCCACUUUGGCCUACCCAGUGUCGAGGCUGAGGACAAAGAGGGGAAGCCACCAAUCAGUGUCAAGUUUGAGAUUCCAUACUUCACAACCUCUGGCAUCCAGGUGCGUUACCUAAAGAUCAUCGAGAAGAGUGGCUACCAGGCCUUGCCAUGGGUGCGCUACAUCACCCAAAAUGGGGAUUACCAGCUCCGGACCCAGUAGGCGGGGCCUCAGCCCACUAUUGGCAGGUGGAAGCAAGAGGGGGCGGAGUUGACUUGCUAAUGUGCUGUCAAUGGCAGGUGUCGGGUCACAUGACACAGUGGACCAUCAGUAGUUUUUUGGGUUUUUUUCUGGUUUAAGUCAUAUAUUCAUUUCCAAUCAAUGAAAACUUGAGGAGAAUCUUUUGGCUACGCGAGGCCUGAUGAGAUUUUGAUGUUGUACUACUGCGUGGCUUCCAUUAUUGGAGGCCAAUGAUAGAAAGAAUGGUGUAGUAAUGUUUACAUCUUUUACAGUUCCAGGUUGUAUGGAAUGUCCUGUACAGCUAUCACAAUGGGUCAAAUCAUUCAAAAGCAGUUGUUACAAUGGUCAGUUUACAAGUUACUGUAAUCCUGACAGGUCAGUAACAUAUUCAGUGGUCAAUCAGAAUAGGGUGAUUUAUUUUUAUAUAAAACAAUGUUUUGUGUAGUCAGAUGUCUUAUUUGUUGAUUAUCUGUAUAUAUCUGCUUUGUGUUCCCGAAAUUCAGCUCAGUGUUAGAUUAUUUUAAAUUAAAAACAGCUAUUCACUGUUUGUAUUAUCACCUGUUCUGAUAUCAGUCCCAUGCAUAAUGUAUAGAUAGCCCUUAAUGAAUGCCAUGGCAGUGCCUCCUGUUUGGACAUAUGGUGGUUGCUAUUUUUUCUUUUACAUUUCAGAGUCAUUUUGACUGUUUGAUUUUUCUGCCCGCCAAAUUUGCAUGGUACGUCCAGCAUAACAUGCCCCGUUUAAACAGAAUGCCAACUGAAAAUCCCUUUUUCCAUCCCAACACCUGCUUCCCUUCGCCUGUCUGUAACCACACAAUUUUAAGUCAUUAAA